UGACAGGACGCCUAGGCUGAGCCGUUGCCAUGGGGACGCGGCCUACAUGCUCCGCCUGACCCGUGUACCGGCUGCUCGCUGUGCUCGGUGAUGGGAACCGGAAUGGAGAUGGAGCCGCUGCUCCAGGCCUGGAGCUAUUUCCGCCGCAGGAAGUUCGAGCAGUGCGCCCAGGCCUGCUCCCGCAUCCUGGAAAAAGAGCCCUGCGACCAGGAACCAAGUUCUGAGCAUCUUGUACAGGCAGCAUGGAGUUUGAAGACCCGUGCACUGACCGAAAUGGUUUAUGUGGAUGAGAUCGAAGUUGACCAGGAGGGUAUUGCAGAGAUAAUGUUGGAUGAAAAUUCCAUUGCUCAAGUGGCACGUCCUGGUACUUCUCUAAAACAAACUGGAACCAAGAAAUUUGAAGGUCCAAGCCCUGCAGUCAGGCCAGUAACCCAGUCAGGAAGACCAAUCACUGGGUUUGUGAGGCCCAGUACUCAGUCUGGUCGGCCUGGCACCAUGGAACAAGCCAUUAAAACUCCAAGAACUGCAAGCACAGCUCGCCCCAUCACCAGUGCUUCAGGGCGGAGUGUACGGCUCGGAACGGCAUCAAUGCUUACACACCCUGAUGGAGCAUUUAUUAACCUAUCCCGGCUAAACAUGGCUAAAUAUGCAGAGCGCCCCCACCUGGCUAAGACAUUAUUCGAGUACAUCUUCCAUCAUGAAAAUGACGUGAAAAAUGCCCUGGAGCUUGCAGCACAGGCUACUGAGCAUGCACAGUUCAAGGACUGGUGGUGGAAAGUUCAGCUUGGGAAAUGCUAUUACAGGCUUGGGUUAUACCGGGAAGCUGAGAAACAGUUUAAAUCUGCUCUGACUCACCAAGACAUGGUGGACAUAUUCCUGUAUUUGGGAAAAGUCUACAUACGGAUGGAUCAGCCCCUGACUGCUCUCUCUCUUUUUAAACAAGGAUUGGACAGAUUUCCUAAAGAAGUGAACCUCCUAUGUGCAGUGGCCCGGAUUCAUGAGGAAAUGGACGACAUCAAAUCUGCUUCCGAGUACUACAAAGAGGUUCUCAAACAGGACAAUAGUAAUGUGGAAGCCAUAGCUUGUAUUGGGAGCAACCACUUCUACACUGAUCAGCCGGAGAUUGCUCUGCGCUUUUACAGGCGCCUUCUGCAAAUGGGUGUCUACAACUGCCAGCUAUUUAAUAACCUUGGGCUUUGCUGCUUCUAUGCCCAGCAGUAUGACAUGAUUCUGACAUCCUUUGAGCGAGCUUUGUCGUUGGCUGAGAAUGAAGACGAAGCAGCUGAAGUGUGGUACAAUCUUGGGCAUGUGGCUGUGGGCAUAGGCGAUCUGAAUUUGGCGUAUCAGUGCUUCAAGCUGACUUUAGCCAACAAUAACGACCAUGCUGAAGCCUAUAAUAACCUGGCAGUGUUGGAGAUGCGCAAAAAUCACCUUGAACAGGCCCGAGCCCUACUGCAGACAGCCGCAGCUCUGGCUCCCCACAUGUAUGAGCCACAUUUUAACUUUGCUUCUCUGUCAGACAAGAUUGGAGAUCUUCAGAGCAGUUACAUUGCAGCACAGAAAUCUGAAGCAGCCUUCCCUGAUCACGUGGAAACUCGGCGCCUGAUUGAAGAGCUGAAGCAGCAUUUUGCUAUGAUUUAAUCGUGACUGUGCAUGCACGGAUGAUAAUUGCUACCAGAUAACAUUGACAGGUAGUGCAGAGAACACACAUGGUGUUUAACAUUAGAUAGCUCCCAUUAUUUAGCUGAUAAGAGACAGCAAGGAACCGUAUAGAUUUAAAGAAUAAUUAACCUGUAUCCCUUCGCCAGAGACUUCAACCAUUCAGAGUGAGACAUUUGACCAUUGCCCUGACACUGAACAAAUUUACGUAAAUCCAUGUUUUUCCAUAGUCCGAUUCUUUGAAAGGUUUCCAGGGAGUCUCCUUUCAAACAGAUAAAACUGCUGAUGAAAUGCAGAAGCAUUUCUAUAACGUUAACUGUCAGAUUUAGGCCUUGAUUUAAUAUUGUUAGAUAAAGUUUCCAAAUAAUUUAAUAUUUUGAAUACACUUUUAAAUGAUUUUUGCUACAUAUUAAAAUAUAAAAAAUAUAUAUCUAAUGUAUAUUUAAAAAAAAAUCUAACUAUUACAAAAGUAAAAUAUUUUUCAGAAUAUUAAAUCCAGUCAAAACUUUAUCCAAAAUAUCAAAUCAUUUGAAAAGCAUAUCUAACAAUAUUAAAUUGAGGCCUUAGUUAGGGGCAAUUGUGGAUCUUUCAAUUAGUAAUGUAGAUUCUACUGUGUGUUUUGAUAUUUGCAUGUAAACAAGUCAAUUCAAUUUAUUCAAGUGGUAAUCUACAUAUAAAGAGACUAAAAUAUUCUGGAAAGAUGGCUCAUCGUCAUUAAUGGGACAAAGUAGACAGGACCUCUGCACUCUCCAUGCAGACUGACAAUUGCUUCAUGACCAGGAUCAGGGUAGACACAGAAGCAUUUUGUCUAAGGUGUCUGAUCCUAUCCUAUAAACUCCUGUCUAUCAGGGGUUUAUUGGUUAGGUAGUGCAUCCUCAAGCCAUAGUUUAAUUCUCAUAUAAUAGAAUUGCUCGAUAAGACAAUUACAGCUUUUCUAGAGCUGCUAUUUAUCUAAAACCCGUUUCACAGUUUUGUAAAAACUGUUCAAGCCUUUAACCUGCAGUAUCCCUGUCUCCAGGGAGAUAGUGAUGUCUGACUUAGUUGUACAUGUGUACUUAAGAGAUGAACAAGUAAGGUUUUUUUUUUUUUAAUUUCUUAUGCAGCUAGGCAUCACUAGCUAGAGAAAGCUAUUGUGUUGAAUGAGGUUCAAUGGCUGAAGCUGAUCCGGCUCCAACUGACAUAUUAUAACUUUCACACAGCUGCAUCGUGUACCAGUUUUUAUGUCCAUCUGUUAAAUAAUGCAUUUCUAAGAUCAAUGCCUUGUCCUGGUUAAGCAUGAUUUAUUUUUGCUCACAGCCAAUGAGGGUACAGAGUGAGAUUGCAUAAUUUCCCAUUGAUUGCCCAUGGCCGUUAACUGGGCUUACUUAUCAACAGGUCAGGUCUUGCCCUUUUUAUGUAUGUUUUAUUCCACUAAAGCUGUGGAUUCUUCUUUUACAUCUUCCAUGCUGCAUCAUUAGAACUAAUUUGUAAGGCAGACUUUUUGUCAUAUGUUCUACCUAGCUAAUGUCCACGAUGCUCAUGAAGCUCAUUACUGCCACACUGAUUGAUAGACAGCUGUACAUCAACAUUUUGUCAUCUAUUUUGUCGUGGCUUUUGGCAUCCCUUUUUAAUGUACCAGCUGGGGCUACCAGAGAGAAGUUUGUUUUAUUUAUAUAUAGGUUAUAGCUGGUUAAAGAUUUUCCUCUCCUGUGAUCUUUAAUAUAGUUAUGAGGAUUUCUCAGAUGUGCUCAUAGUAUUCUCAUCCUCUGCUAGUAGUGAACUAGUUGUCAGAUGACAGCGUGAGACUAUACAUGGCCAAGAGGCACCAAAGGUAUAUCAGGGCAUUAGCCACUAUUGACUCUGAAGAAAACAAUUAAUGGGUACGGUAAGUUAAAAUCCCAUUUUUAAAAAAAAUAUAUAAAUGGUUUUCAAAGUACUGCUUCAUUAAUUCUUUAGCAAAGUAUUACAUUAUUUUUGUUGGUCAUUUUAUUAACUGUUCUGCACUUUGUGAUCCAUUCUCAUUAAUUCUAACAUUUUAGCACUCUUGAAGACAUACUGGACAAAGCAAAUAUUAAGGAGAAUGCUUCACAUAUUCAAGUAAAUAAAAAUCUUUAUAGAUCUCCUCUGCCCUUAAAGGAUAACUCCAAGGUUAAGGUGCCAGAAGUGACCCCAUUGUAAAUAGUAAACCAUUUAGUAGCGGUUUCACUUCUCACCUGGGUUCUGGCGGGCGCCGCUACUAAUUUCUGUCUGCUUACAUCUAUCACCCUAUAUUGUAGACUUAUUUAAUCAAUAUUUUAUAUCACAGUUUGUCCAGUAGGUCAUCAAGAUAACGAUGCAAUAUAAAAUAGUCUGGUGAUUAUGUAAAUCCCUUGUAAAUGAAAUUACCUUAUUUGUAACAUAAAGAUCUGGAAUAUAUUCUGGUUUGGACCACAAGGUGUAAAUCUGUAGAUAGAAAAGUUUGCACUGAGUAGGGAAAUUGUGCCCUGAUAUUUAGUUUGAAGCUUUUAAGCAGACCUCUUAAAAAAAUAAAUUAACAGUGCAUUUUGUCAAAUAAAUAAAUUUAGUUUUUGCAAUGUA